AUGAAGGAAGUCAAAUGUUUAUCACCUUUAUUUGUUUGGAUGAAAAUGCUUGAUAAAGGGAAUGAUAAUUUUGGAAUAUUCAAUGCUAAAGCUGAUGAAGGUAAAAAUAUGAUUUUGAUGAUAACAACUGUCAAGUAUGUUGAUGACAACUAUCAAGUAUGGCAUGGUGAAGCGACAAAAAAGAGACCUCUGUCACAUAUAAUUGAAGAUGGUGAACUUAUGAAUGAUACUCUAAAAGAUAUCAGUUGUGAUAUUAAAGUUGUUUCUUUCAAGAAUGUUAAUGUGGUAGAUACUUUGCAAAGAGACAUGGAAGAUUCGCUGUAUCCGGGAUAUUUUGAAAACUUGACGGUGUGCCUGAGGUGCGGGGAGUCACACUAUAAUAAGAAGGACAAUGGUGUUGAUGACUAUGAUGGUGUAACUAGCAAAGGUGUUCCUACCAAGGUGAUGUGGUACCUACCGAUAAUUCCAAGGUUCAAGAGAUUGUUUGCUAAUGUUAGUGACUUAACGAAUACUAGAUGGCAUGCAGAUGAAAGAGUGUGUGAUGGAAAAAUUCGCUAUUUAUCUGAUUCAUUGCAAUGGAGUAAAAUUGAUUCCUUGCAUCCAAAUUUUGCCAUUGAACCGAGGAACCUUAGGCUUGGACUUUCCACUGACGGAAUGAACCCUUUUGGUGAUUUGAGUACUAACCAUACGCCAUGGCAUGUUCUUCUCAUACUUUAUAACCUAUCUCUAUGGUUGUGCAUGAAGCGCAAGUAUAUGAUGCUAUUGAUGAUGAUUUCAGUUCCAAAACAACCAGGGAACGACAUUGAUGUUUAUUUAACGCCAUUGAUUGAAUAUUUAAGACUAUUGUGGGAGAAAGGUGUUAAUGUUGAUGAAGUGUAUACAAGUGAUAACUUUAAGUUGUGUGCUAUGUUGUUUUGCACAAUUAAUGACUUUCUUGCAUACUGUAAUUUGUAUGGGUACAACGCCAAGGGACAUAAAAUGUGUCUUAUAUGUGAAGUUGAUACAUGUCACCACCAAUUACAAAAUGGAAAAAAGACAGUUUAUCUUGGGCAUCAAAAUUUUCUAAGACCUAAUCAUCCAUAUCGUAGAUUGCAGAAGACUUUUAAUGGUAAGCAGAAUCUUGAUGUAAGAUAUUAUCUUAAUGUGAAGCAUGUGAAGAAAAAUGUAUCUGGUAGUUUGAUUGAAACACUUCUCAAUAUUAAAGGCAAGACAAAGGAUACUAAGAAAUCCCUCAAAGAUAUGGUUCUGAUGGUAAAGUUAUUGAUGCUUGGAAAUUUAGAUGGCUUGGAACACGAAGCUGCAGUUAUCUUGUGCCAAUUAGAGAUGUUUUUCAUUCCAUCAUUCUUUGAAAUUAUGGUUCACUUAGUUGUUCAUCCAGUAAGGGAGAAUGGAAUUUAUGGUUUAGUUUAUUUACGGUGGAUGCACCCAAUAGAGCGUUACAUAAAGUUUUUAAAAGGGUGUACAAAGAAUCAUCACCGUCUGAAUGUUUCGAUCGUAGAAAGGUACAUCACAAAAGAAGCUAUUGAGUUUUGUACAAACUAUUUGUUAGAAGCUUUCUUUAUAGGAAUUCAUGAGUCUCGUCAUGAUGGAUUUUAUGAUGGUAGAGGUAUUCAUGGUUUAAAUCUUAAGACAUUUUCCCGAGAAGUAGUUCUUCAAGCACAUUUGCAUAUAUUGAAUAACUUUGCUUAA